AUGAUGAUCACCGAGGCAACAGACGCCAUCCUGUGUAGGGGGUUCUUCGCCACCAUGGACGGGCAGGCGCAUGAUUGGUUCGGAUCCCUCCCGGCGGGGUCCAUCUCCACCUUCGCGGACCUCACCCGGCAGUUCCUAUCCCAUUUCGCCACCAGCCUACAACGGAAAAAGCAAAUUGCCGACCUGUGUGAUUUGAAACAGGGGAACUCGGAAUCACUCGCCGAGUACCUCAGCAAGUGGAAGAAAGAGGCCAUGGGGGUCGCCGACUUUGAUGGGAAGUCGGCCAUAGUGAUUUUCCGAAACAACUUGAGGUCAAGCGCCUUUCACCAGGACCUCAUCAGGUACCCCCCCAGGACCUAUAACGACCUGAUGGACAAGGCAGCAAGGUACGCUAACGUCGAGGCUGCCGAGAAGAGGAAGAAGGAGCAGGAGGAUGGACGAGGUCGGAAAGACAAGGCACCCCAGGAGGAGCGCAAGGCGCUGCGGCCGCACCGACGUGAGUACGCUGAGGAGCCCAGGCUGAACCCCACACACUAUCUCUCCCCGCUGACACAACCAGUAGGUACCAUCUUGGCGCACGCGGAGGACCAGGGAAUCGUGGUGUUCCCGAAGGAGGAGUGCAUGAAGAUAUCGGCAAGGGGGGACCCCAACAAGUACUGCAAGUUCCACCGGCAGAAAGGGCACAAUACGGACGAAUGCAUCCUCUUAAAGAGACAAAUCGAGGAACUCAUCCAAAUGGGUUACCUCGGCCAAUUCAUUAAGAGGCCCGGCCAGGCGCAAGGGCAGGCGCCGGGCCAGAAGCCAGGCAACGUAUGGAGGAAGGGGGUGGCCAAGCGCCAUCCACCUCGGCUCCCCUUCCCGACACUAACCGGGGUUGGGGUCGCCCGGGGAGACCAAAAGGUGAGCCGCAGCUGCUACCUGAAGGCGUGCCGCCAAAUUGGUCAGAAGGACCUCCAGGUCCAUACCAUUGCUGAGAAGGCGUUUCGGGAGGAGGCAGGUCGACUUCGGGCCGAGCCCGUGGUCGAGAUAGAGGAGGUCAUCCUCGACCUCAGCUGA